UGAUGAUGAUGAUGAUGAUGAUGACGAUAGACAAGAAGAUGAUGAGUGCAUAUUAAAUCCAUUUCUUACAAGAAUUUUCUAUUCACUUCUAUUCAUGUAUUAUUUAUAAGUAUAAAUAUAUUAUUUAUGGGAUCGGGAUUUUUUAUAUGCCGGAUGUGAUGGCAUGGUGUGUUGAUAAAUAUGGGCUGGUUGAAAGGAUGAGAAUGUGAAGCAGAGGCAGAAGCUGCAAACCGGGAGGUUUUAAUUUACGCCGCUCGGUGUUGGAGUGUAUUUGAUCAGACUACUAAGUAGGGGAGUUUGUUUCGGUGUUGGAGGUAAUGAGGUAAUUGAGGAAACUGGCCUUCGUCCAUUGCCGUGGACACGCUGGAAGUGAGAGGUGGCUGCUUAUUUAAAGAUUAGAAUCAGAUUAUUAAAACAAAACAAAAGAGAGAGAGAGAAACAAAAUCAUUCAAUGUAUAAAAGUUGAGUCGAGGAGGAACUUUGCUGAAAAAUGUCCAGCUUAGUCUGAGAGGCUAUUAGCCUCUAAAACACAGGUCAGGGAAGCUAAGCUCGAGCAGCUGCUUGCCGGUCAGUCCAAGCAGAAAAAGUUUCACAAAUAAUAAACUAAUAUAAGGUGAUCACUGGACGACGAUCUGACCCUAUACACAUGUUCCUGAGCCUUGUAACACGAUCGCUCAGCUCCAGAGACCUUUAAAUAUAUUUCAGGGUCCACGUGGUGUAAAGUGAGCCAGUACAACUGUCCAGAGCUGCUCGGGACAGUCCUGCCAAGUAAGUGCCUUUUUUUUUGUCACACCGAAAGAGAAGAGAGAGACGUGGAUUGCUUCUCGGACGUUCAGAUCCUCCCCUGACUUAAAUACUGCUGUGAAGUUCUUCUGAGCGGAUUGUGAAAUGUACCCUCCUCUUAUCGGUUGGCCUUAAAAAAAAAAAAAAAAAAAACGGACAAGAAGAAGAAACGGCUGCGGUGAAUGGGGAACGUAAUUUGUAUGCUACCGAAGUUCAGGCAGGAUCUUAUGCAAAGCCUGGAGAAGGCUAAAGCACCUGCCUCUUUUACUCAACCUGUAGAGCGCGAAUUAUAAAACCCGAGGAGCCGAGGAUCCACGUCUUGGAUGGGAUAGGUCGACACUGUAGAUCAGGUGAAGCGCCGAUCGAAAACGUAAAAACUAAAAGCGUCCUUGGUUUCUUCUGAUACGACUCACGACUUCAAGGCUUCCGCAUGGUCCUCUGGUCGAAAGAGCAAGACAAACUGCCCGACAUGUCCGCGGGGACGGAAAUCAUAGAGGUGAAGAAGGACUUCAUCUCGUCGAACGGCUCGGUGCACCCGGUCAUCCUGGCCGCAGGGGCUGAGGAGAGGCAGCCGAGCGGCGGCGAGUACGAGCUCACUGAGGUGACCUCUUUGCCGGAGCGACCCGAGGCGGAAAACGAGCGGACGGAAAUGGUAGUGAUCGACUGUCGCGCCAACGCCAAGGGUCAGAGGGAGGAGGACGCUCUGCUGGAGAAUGGCAGCCAAAGCAACGAGAGCGACGACACGAGCACGGACCAAAGCCCAGUGCCACCAGUUCCUCUGAAGGAGACGUCUUUUUCCAUAGGACUGCAGGUCGUGUUCCCUUUCCUGCUGGCCGGGUUUGGGACGGUGGCGGCCGGGAUGGUCCUGGACAUCGUUCAACACUGGAAGGUGUUCUCCGAGGUGAACGAGGUCUUCAUCCUGGUGCCUGCUCUUCUGGGUCUGAAGGGGAACCUGGAAAUGACACUGGCCUCCAGACUGUCCACCGCAGCUAAUAUUGGACAGAUGGACACAGCCAAGGAGAUGUGGAAAAUGAUCAUGGGAAACCUCGCACUAAUUCAGGUUCAGGCCACAGUGGUCGGUUUCCUAGCCUCCAUCGCGGCGGUCAUUUUUGGCUGGAUCCCAGAGGGUCAAUUCAAGAUAGGUCAUGCUGUUCUGCUGUGUGCAAGCAGCGUAGCUACAGCCUUCAUCGCCUCCCUGCUGCUAGGUCUUAUCAUGAUCGGCGUGAUCAUCGGCUCCAGAAAGGUUGGCAUCAACCCAGACAACGUGGCCACGCCCAUCGCAGCCAGCCUCGGAGACCUGAUUACUCUGGCGCUACUGUCUGGUAUCAGUACUGGACUCUACCAGGAGCUGGAUUAUAACGAUUACGCCAAUCCGCUAGUCUGCGUCUUUUUCAUCGCCUUGACGCCCAUCUGGAUCCUGAUCGCCCGGCGAAUCCCCUCCACCCGAGAGGUGCUCUACUCAGGGUGGGAGCCUGUGAUUAUCGCCAUGGCGAUCAGCAGUGUCGGAGGCCUCAUCCUGGACAAAACCGUCUCCAAUCCCAACUACGCUGGAAUGGCGGUGUUUACUCCGGUCAUCAACGGUGUGGCAGGUAACCUGGUGGCGGUGCAGGCCAGUCGCAUCUCUACAUACCUGCACAUGAAUGGUCUCCCUAUCACCGAGGCAAAUCCGCCGCCUCAGAAAUGCCCCACCCCCUGCAGCACAUUCUUUGGCUCAGGUGUGAAUUCUCGUUCUGCCCGAGUGCUCUUCCUCCUGGUGGCUCCUGGUCACCUUGUUUUCCUGUACACCAUUAGCUUAAUGCGGGCCGGACACACCACCCUCACCUACAUCUUCAUCGCCGUCUACCUGACCGCUGCCUUACUCCAGGUGAUGAUCCUGCUGUAUCUGGCUGACUGGAUGGUGCAGUGGAUGUGGAAGCGAGGGAUGGAUCCCGAUAACUUUUCCAUUCCCUACCUAACGGCCCUGGGCGACUUGCUAGGCACGGGCUUCCUGGCUCUGUGCUUCCACAUCCUGUGGACGAUCGGCGAUAGAGACACGGACGUGGGUGACUGAAAGGCUGUGCUGACGACCCGCGGAAAACCUCACGAGCCUUUAUUUAUCAAAAAACAAACCAACAUCAACACAAAAAAAAAUCACCACAAUGAGAUCUGCGAUAUUAUGGCUACACUAGCCACUAUGAUUAUAAUAAUAACUCGUAAUACUAUUGCUGUAGUAGCGGUAUGUAAUGAUUAUUACAUUAUGGCUUAUCUUCUCAUGGGAGAAGAGGAAUCCUCAUUAUUUUUCAAUGGGGAUGUUCAGCCCCUUCUUUUAUUGCUCAGAGGUGUUGGCAGCAACGUGGCGGGGGUUAAAAAAAAGAGAAAAAAAAAGAAAGAUCGACUUAAACUUGAAGUUUUCACCAGAAUUAGGAUGUUCCGACACCAAGUGCUCUAUGUGUAAGUGAUAUAAAUGAAGCAAUUAGUGGAAGUUUCCAGACCACAGCAAAGUGACCUUGAGUAUGUGUUGAUUACCUCUUAAGUUCCUCAUUAAUCUUUGAAAAGUUGGAAAACUGGAACGUUUCUUCUUUCUUUUUUUCUCUCCGAGCGACAAGCAAGUGCUCUUAGCUCGCAGACGACGGAACGAAUCGGCCUUCAGGUCCCAAGGUUUUUUUGUUGUCGUUGUUGUAGUACUACUAAAGACCAAAAUGGUAAACUUCCCUCAUUGAAAUGUCUAAAAUUGUUCAAAGCCGCGAAAGCAAAAGACGUGGCUAGAAGUCUGAGUUACACACCAAGCUGCACAUGAAUCUAAUAUCAGAUGGAGAUCAGAUAUAUCACCUCCACCAGGGAGUGUUAUGGAAUAAGAUUAAACAAGCCUGCUGCUAAGAAAAGCUCCUGUGCUGUACGAUUAGAGGGAUGAAUGCACCCCUUACGGUUAGCCACUUCACUUUCAGACAGUCCGAGGGGAACCUGAGCAGGUCGCUGUGCUUUUUUAUUUUUCGGAUUCUUUGCGAGCAUGUAACAUUUUUCUAUUAAACUGUCUUCUUAAUAACCGUGCUACGGAGCUUAGAAGGGCUACUUUGUAAUGCAGAUCCGCUGCAUGAUGGGGCGGGGCAGGAUGGGGUGGGAUAUUUAAAAAAACAAAAACAAAUACUGGCUUUCUCAGAGAUGAGCCACAAGGAUUUGCACCAACAGUUGACUAAAAGUCACUGAUGAAUAGAAGACCUGAACGAAGACCACAAUGGUAUAAUAGUUGUAUUUUUUUUGGUGAAUCCGUCCCCUAUGAAAACUUGAACUUGCUAAUGGUUUGUCUUACACGAGCAGAUAAUCCUCGGUACUAGGCUUUAGAACAGGGAGAUCUUUAACUCCUUUUAAUCACUAGUUAAUACAUGUACACAGAGGUGCCAAUAUUUACGGUUUUAGUCAUAGGAUUUAGGAUUUUUGGACACACACAAAAUAAUAAGGUUUUCUGCUUUUUUCCAAUAAAAAAUUACUGAAGGGGAAAGGACACAGGAUGUGCUUGACCCUGUGUAGGAUCAACACUGCAGAAAAUGGAUGGAUGGAUGGAUGGAUGGAGGGUUAGAUGAUGGAUGGUUGGAUGGGAAAAAAGGAUGGAUGGAUGAUCUUGCCGUUCAGUCAUGUUAGCAGCUUAGGAGAACUUUUAAAGAAGACCUUUUAUCUAACGGGACCUUCACAAUUUGUCUCUGAUCUAGCAAUGUUGGCACCUCUGUGUAAACACACACACACACACACACAGAGUCACCUUUAACCCCCUAAGAGUUCAGUUCUAGUGUCUUCACUUGUCUGGUGUGUUUGAAGUGAAGGGUCUGUCUUUGCUUUAUGUUAUGCUUUAUGCUACAACGGGGCCAGCAGAAUGGAUUGUGCUGAGCACAGAACAUUUAAAAAACAAACAAACAAACAAACAAACGAAAGCACUGUGCGUAUAAUAGACACGGAUUCCCUUCAUACUGUAAACGUCGUCUCGCGACACCAGAAAGGUUCACUGUGCAAAGCGUACUGUAAUCCAGGGAGCACUCGCUUCAUUAGACUCCCGCCGUCUCGCGCAUCACGUACGCAAAGCGUGCUGCGACGACGCGUCCAGCCGUCCUGAAGUCGUCUCGCCGCGCGGCUCGCGCCACCGCCGUUCCCCUGACUGCCCUCUGGUUGUGUAUACUUCUUCAGGGUUUGGGAUUGCUCUGUUUAUUUAUUUCUAGAGAUGCAUACAAAGCAAAAAUGUGUAUAUAUAAUAUAUUUAUUCUAUAAAUAAGCUGUUUAUUUUUAAUUGUAUUCAAUGUUCUUUUUUUUUUUCCUUUGCAUUUUUUUUGGGCCAGAAGAGAUGUAAUUUACUGUAUUUUUUUUUUUUAACAUACAUAUCAGAUGUCGGUGCCUAAUACUUUCUGAAACCUCACACUCAAGCUGGUUCAGUAGCUCGCUGAACGUCGUAGGCCUUAACUGCAGCACGGCUCAACAACAACUAGCUUUUGAUAUGUUUUUGUUUUGUUUUUUUGUCCCUUUUUGUUCGUCUGUAUUUUUUUUUUUUUUUUUUUUUGUACACCGCAAAUGAUUUUUAAUGCAUAAAAUAGGAAAUGUUUUGAUUUUUGAUUGAGCUGUUUUGCCGGCAGCAGAAGAUCAGUGUACGAUCGUAGGUAGAAGAGCAGAAACCACGAAUAAUCAUAAAAUAAAUAAAUAAAUAAAUCAAGCCAAGGUCAAAUCUUUAGCUGAGCUCAGAUAUCGAUUCAGUGUAUGUUAAGCUUCUUCGAAGAGGAGCCAAACUGUGUAACAGCUAUUUAGAGGUGCAGGAGAGAGCGAGAGAGAGAGCGAGAGAGAGAGAGAGAGAGAGAGAGAGAGAUGUGUUUUGUCUAUAAGAGUUUUGUAGACACGUGUAAUCCACUCUUUCUUCCUGCUUCCUUCUACCCUGCACUCUGCUGCUCCAGAGGGGACUCAACAGCGGUACUUGUAAAUUGCUGGAAAUAAAGGAAUAUAUUAUUCCGUCUA